AUGAGAAAACCUGAGGAAACAAAUAUAAGCCAUAUCAUGACUUUUGGCUACUCGUUGGAUCUUACAACUUAUAAAAAUUGGAUUGCUGUAAUCAGUUUCAAUUUGAUUAUUUUCUUCUGCUCUAAAUAUUAUAAAAAUAAGGCAGUGAGACGUGAUGUGUUUGUUUAUAUAUUGCUACGCACUGGUCAUAAUAUUGUUUAUGAGUCUUUACUUUAUCCCCAAGUAUUUGUAAGAUAUAUUACUGGCAUUGACACGUUGCGCGUGUCUAUAAGAUUCAGUUGGCACAAGAAUAUAGUAUCUUCUCAAAUUAGUGAAGUCAUGGCCUUCGGAAAAGCAUGCCUGUUACAGCUGGCGCGGCAAUCAAUUGAAGAUCAUAAAUCUUGUAACAAAGAACUCCAAUAUCGCUUAUCUAUUUCUAUUUCUCUCUAUUAUUAUUUACUAUUAUCUAUUCAAAGGACCAUAUUUUAUCUCAAAAUCUUUGGAAUAGCUUAG